UGGAUAACAUUAUGUCAUAAUUCAGUGGAAUCGUAGAGAGACAAAUCAUUGAAGGGUGUGACUGAGUUCAUAAUCUGAUACAGAGGAGGUUCAUCAGUCUGAUUAGGAGGCUCUGGAUAUUUGGAAAAAUCAUGGAGACACCAAAAAUAAAGCUUGGUGGUUCUUUGUUAGUACCUAGUGUUCAGGAAUUGGCCAAACGAUCGCCUGCUGAAGUCCCAGCUCAAUACAUACGCAAUGAUCAGGAGCCCUUGAUCACUAACCUCUCUAGUGUUUCUUUGAUAGAUCAAACAAUACCCGUUAUUGAUUUGCAGAAAUUACUAUCUCCAGAACCCAUUAUUGGUGAGUUAGAAUUGGAAAGGCUUCACUCUGCUUGCAAGGAUUGGGGUUUCUUUCAGGUGGUAAACCAUGGAGUUGACAUUUUAUUGGUGGAGAAAGUGAAAUCAGAAAUUGAAGGUUUAUUCAAUCUUCCAGUGGAUGAGAAAAUGAAAUUUUGGCAGGAAGAAGGGGAUGUGGAGGGAUUUGGACAAAUGUUUGUUCAAUCAGAAGAACAGAAACUUGAUUGGGCCGACAUGUUUUUCAUUCGGGCUCUACCCCAACAUAUGAGGACAAGGACGUUCUCCAAACUCCCUCUACCUCUGAGGGAGACAAUUGAAUGUUAUUCAUUAGAGCUGAGUAAACUAGGCUUGACUCUCGUUGAGUUGAUGGGAAAGGCUCUACAAAUGGAAACUAGGAUCAUGGCAGAAUUGUUUGAAGUGGUUAGACAAACGAUGAGGAUGAAUUAUUAUCCUCCUUGUCCUCAACACGAGCACGUAAUCGGCAUAACACCACACUCAGAUGGUGGUGCUUUAACUAUCCUCCUUCAACUCAACGAAGUUGAUGGUUUACAGAUUAGAAAAGAGAAUAUAUGGGUUCCUAUUAAAGCUCUACCUAAUGCCUUUGUAGUGAACAUAGGCGAUGUUUUGGAGAUAAUGAGUAAUGGGGUUUACCGUAGCGUGGAGCACCGAGCAACAAUAAACUCAUCAAAGGAGAGGCUGUCAGUUGCGACAUUUCUGAGCCCAAAACUAGAUGCCGAGAUAGGGCCGGUACCUAGCAUGAUCACACCAGAGACACCUGCUUUGUUCAAGACAACUCGGCAUGAGGAUUAUUUGAAGAAACUUUUGUCACGUAAACUCGAUGGAAAAUCAUUCCUUGACUCCAUGAGGAUAGGAGAAGGUGCUGAAGGCAAUAACCUGCGUGUAUAAUGUGUAGUUAAUUAUGAAUGUUUGUAUUUUAUUGUAUGGAUUAAUGAUAUUAUGGCUUUGUCGAACUCCACUAUAUAUCCCUUAUUCCCUUACUUUUUGUUGUGCAUUUUUUAGCUGCAUCAUUCACUAUAUGGAAUUUUCUUGUAGUUUAAAGUCUUGCACCACAUUGGUUUAACAUUUGAA